AACAAUUCUCCGUCAAAGAAAGACAGGAAGGACAUGUCCAGCGCUUCCUCAACGGAAACUAUUUCAAGGCCGACUACACCUACCUCUCCUGUCGUAAUCCCCAUGCGUGGACACCGCGAUUUCCCUCACGAAGGACCGAGAUCUCAAAAACGUAAGGAACGACAAAGUGGAAGGAGACAUUCAGAAAAAUCAGAACGUCGAGCGCGCACCAUUCACUCUCCAGACGCUUUACCUCCAUCAGUGGCCGCACUUCUUGCCAUCACAUCGAUACCUCUGCAGAAGAAUUAUAGUGCACGGAAUAGGAACGGUGCUGGGCAAAGGUUGACGGUGGACAACAUCUUACAACAUACUGGUGUAACGGAGAAGGAGCUAUCAAUAUCUUUGGGGAGGAGUCCACUCGACUUCCUUCUCAGCCCACCGGAAGAGGAGGAUGAUCCUGUUGGCAGUGACAACGGCCGCGAGUCGAUUUUGUCUACAAGGACGAUGUCUAGUGAAUCGAUGCCGUCACUGGAUGACGGGUCAAUCAACGAAGCUUCACCCUCUGUUAGCUCACUAUCAACACCUCAUUCUGGUUCGAUACCUCGUGGCAGAAAGUCCUUGCCAUCGCGAAGAUUGCAACCACUUUCACCACCUGGCGAGCCUGCCUCUGAAGACCACCCGUUGUCUAUCUCAGAAAUAGAUGUCGAUCAGCUAGACUUCAGAGUUUUUCACAAAUCUGGAGAGAAAGGCGAGGCAAAGCAUAGUACUGGGAUUGAAUCGCCCCCCCGGAAGUCAGCCUUCAAGUCAAAUCUGACAGCAUCUCUACGAGCCUUGAGACACGCUGCAAAGUCAUUCUCAACUCUCACGACCCCAAUGAUUACGCCAGACGAUUUCCUUACGAGAUCUAUCAUUUCCAUCGAUCCUCAAGUACCAUUUACUGAUGAGCGCAUGCCUCCACGACUCGAAGAUACACCAACUCCAUCACUGCGACGCUAUCUAAAUCCUACAACGAAUGCUCCGAUUGAAGCUCACGUGCCACCGUCACUAGCUCAGACCAUGAGCGCAACAAAAUGCACAGCAUCUAUCCAGAUGCAAACGUACAAGAUCUCACGCUCAGCCAAAAGCACUUCGCCCAGUGUGAUCAGUAGGCGCACACAACCUACACCUGAAGACGCUUUUGCGGAAGUCGCAGCUGGGCCUUUGGCACGACAGAGGGAUAUGCGGGAAAACAGCGACUUCAUCAGGGUUGCAGUCAUGGAAAUGCUCAUGCGGAAGAAAGGCAAGCUGGAUGACCACAAGCCUGGGAGGGCCAAAUGGGCCUUGCCACCAAGGAAACCGCCGACCAAGCCUUACGAAAUCGCCGAGAACGGUGUUCCAGCAAGAUGGAUUGCUAUUACA